GUCUACCCCACGACAGAAGAGGGAGGAGUUGUAGUUUGAUCGCCACAGGGAAGAAGGAUCUCCUGUGGAUUUCCGUGCUGCAUCUUGGCAAGGCAGCAGCUCUACCCGCCCGCGCCGACGUCGCUAAGGGCGUCUUCGGGAUGCACGACUUGACUUUGGAGGGAAGGUGCGACCUUGUUUUUGUUCCCCCACAGUUGAACUGCUGCAGCUGCUGGGCCUUCGCCGUGGUCGGGAACGUUGAAUCCCAUUUGUCCAUCAAGAAGAAAGAACUCAUCCCGCUGUCAGAGCAAGAGCUCCUGGACUGCGGGAACGCUUCAGACAACUGCAACGGUGGUAGGCUUUCCAGGGCUUUUCUAGAUGUAUUGCACCUUGGUCUACAUAGGGAAGAUGCAUACCCCCGCUACAUCGCCGAGGUACAAAACUGCAGAAGGAAUGCAAACAAACCCGUGUACAAGAUCAAAAAAUGCGUUACUCUGCCCAGUGAAAGAAAAAUGAAGCCCUUCGUCGCGAGGAAUGGACCCGUUACAAUCUCGGUCGACAUGUCGGACAGACUGCGUCAUUACCAAGGAGGAAUCAUCCGAGUUAUGCAACCGAGCUGGCCAGUAUCUUAUCACGCCAUGCUAAUAGUUGGCUACGAUAAAGCGGGAAAUAUGCCGUACUGGAUUGUGAAAAACAGCUGGGGGGAAAACUGGGGCGAACAGGGCUACGUACGGAUUUAUCAAGGAGCAAAUGUGGGCAAGAUUGGAAAUUACGGCAUGUCCUCCAUGGUGCAGCCCGACAAACUGGUGGUGGUGUGGAGCCGGAGAGGCAGGCGGGUGUGCUCCAAGCCGCACAGCUGGCAGCCGGGGAUCAACAACCCGUACAGAGGCGCGGUGGUGUGGCCCGCACCAGAGAACGUGGAGAUGUCACACUCUACAAGUUAUAUAUUCCAUUAAUUCCAGGACCCUCUCGCUGACGAGUUUGAAGAGAAAGAAUGGACAUUUGUAAUUGAGAAUGAGAGCAAGGGUCGUCGAAAGGUGCUGGCAUCGGCUGACAUCAGCAUGAGGCGCUACGCCACGCCAAUGCCCACCGCCACGGAUGUCAGGCUGCAGCUCAAACCCCUCUCUGUAAAGGUGGUCUCCUCCUCCCUCCAGUUCUCUCUCUCCUGCGCCUUUCUACAGGAAGGUCGGGCAACGGAUGAGGACAUGCAGAGCCUGGCCAGCCUGAUGAGCGUGAAGCAGAGCGAUGUGGGGAACCUGGAGGACUUUGCGGGCGAUAGUGAGGAGGAGGACUGGGACAAGCGACGUUCCUGGCCCGACGAGAGGGCUGGCAAGUUGGCGGGUUUUAAGUACGUCUUUAAGCCGGAACAGUGGCGAGACGUCAACGAACCUCUUGGAGUUUUACGGGAGGAAGAGGAGGAUUACACCCCGACCAUUCGACGAGUCACCAGAACCAAGUCCGUCCCAGGCAAGAUGACCAAGUCCGUGCGAGAGGCACCGUUCACCUCUGACGGCCCCCAGCCCAGCCGCCACACCACCAUGGGCGCUACACCGUACGACCGCGCUGAGGCCCCGGCCUUCCCCCGUGUCAAGAGCCACAGCGUGCGGAAGGCGGCGAGGAGGCAUUUUGCCGCGGAGGGGAGGGCGAUCGGCCCGCCGGGGGGUCAGGACGCCGACUCCCAGACCACCCUGGACGGGGCAGGGUCCACCACAGUCAAGCAGCAGCCAAUGGCGGUCCCCGAAACAUCAGGCGUGCAAGAUGGCCGGCGGCUGGAUGUCACGCCGGUUCCCAUUGGCCGUCUAGAAGAGGGGGUUGCCGAGGGCAACGCAGCAAAGAUGGCGCGACCACUGCCCGCUCCCCGGCUGAAGAAACGCCGUAGCGAGUCGGAGUUCCCCGCGCCGGACCCCGGCCCGUCUGGGACCACGGCUGCACCCUCGCUCCCGCCCGCAUCACCGACCGGCAACACCGCUCCGGCACCGGGACCCUGGUCGGCAGACGGCAACACCGCUCCGCCAUCGCUCAACGCAAGCCCCGUCCCCACCGCCGCCAAGAUGGAGGCCACCAGCGAGAAGAUGCCAGAGGAACUCGCACAAGUCAGUGCCCUCCCCUCCCUCCUCUUGCAAACGGCCAUGCCAUACUUUAUCAUCGACCCUGGUCUGACCACUUCUCGUUCCCCCCUCCCCCACAGCCCCAGCCCCUGUGGAGACCCCAGCCCGGUCCACGCCAGCCGCUGCCUGCUCGACUGGUGCCGGGAGGUGACCAAGGACUACGGGCGGCUGAAGAUCACCAACUUCACCACCUCGUGGAGGAACGGCCUGGCCUUCUGCGCCAUCCUGCACCACUUCCACCCGGAGCUCAUCUCCACGCUGGGACCACCCUCCACACUGAGACUACCCUCCGCCCGCUCUGUUCUGGGGCCACUCAGCGCCCGCUCCGCUCUGGGACCACCCUCCGCCCUCUCUGUUCUGGGGCCACCCACCACCUGCUCCGCGCUGGGACCACCCACCGCCCUCUCCGUUCUGGGACUACCCUCCACGCUGGGGCCACCCACCGCCCUCUUACAUUCCCACCUUCUGACUAAAGAAAUUCCUCCUCAUCGACAUUCUCAAGGGCUAGGAGUACAGGCGUUCAGUGGGCUGAGUUCGCUGGGCGUGGGGCGGCUGCUGGACCCGGCGGACAUGGCGGUGCUGGCGGUGCCGGACAAGCUGAUGGUGAUGACGUACCUGAGCCAGGUGCGGGCCCGGUUCACGGGCGGGGAGUUGCGGCUGGUGGGGCCACGCGAGGCCGGGGGCCGCUCCGCCUACAGACUGGGCCGCGCCGACCCUGAGCCCGACCCCGAGAGCCCGGUCUUCCUGCCCCCCGGCCCGGAGCUCCCCUCCAUCCCCGUCCCCCCCGCCCUCAUCCCCUCCCUCCCCGUCUCCGUCCCCGUCCCCGCCCCCGUCCCCGUCUCCAUCCCCGUCCCCGGGCCUCUCGCCCCCGCCCGGCCCAAGCGCGACGCCCUCAAGCGGAGCAGCUUCUCCCCGCCGGCCGGGCCCGUCCCGGAGCACCACGGGAGGAAGGUCACGCUGGAGGACGAUGGGAAGAAGGUCACCGGCGAUGCACAGGACGCUGGGAGGCAGGUCACGGCCGUGAAGGAUGCUGGGAAGAAGUGGGAUGCCGGGAUGAAGGUCACACUCGAUGCAAAGGAUCCUGGGAGGCAGGUCGUAGCCGUGAAGGUUGCUGGGAUGAAGGUCACCGAGCGGGCUGCUGAUAAGGAGCCUGGGAGGAAGGUCACCGCGGAGGUGGUACUCGACGCUAAGGAUGCUGGGCAGGAGGUCACAGACGAGGCAAGGGAUCGUGGGAAGAAGGUCGCUGCGGCAGCAAAGGAUGAGGGAGAGCAGGUCACAGACGAUGUGAAGCGGGGCGCAGUCGCAGUCAAUGACCACGGGGCGCCGGAGGAUCAAGCGGCGGCGGCAGAGCAGGAAACCGCUGCAUCGCCCGCCCUGAUGGAUAAUAAAACGAGGGUCGCUCCAGCGGAGCGGGACAGUGGGACUGGGUGGACGCCCGCACACGCCGAGUACGUCAGCCCUCCCCGCGAGGACGAUGGGCAGAAGGUCAUCAGCGGGUUGCCUGGGGAACCAGGUGCAGGGAAUGCCGGGAGGAAGGUCGUGGUGGCGGCGUUGCCAGGGAAACCUGUGGUGAAGCAGGAGGAGGAGUCUGGGAGGAAGGUCGUCGUAGAGCACUCUGGGAGAAACGUCGCCAUUGAACCCCCAGCGGUGGAUGCUGGGGGACGUAUCUCCCCGGUGGAUCAUGGGAAGGAGGUCGCCGGGGAGUCACCGUGGGAACUUGCCGCUGAGGACGCUGGGAGGAAGGUCUCUGUAGCAGAGGAUGAUGGGAAGAAGGCCGCGGUUGAACCUGCCGCUGAGGCCGCCGGGAGGAAGGUAGUCGGGGAGUUGCUAUGGGAAUCGGCCGCUAAGGACGAUGGGAGGAAGGUCGCGGCGGCCCUGGACAAUGGCGACGGGGCCGAGGAGCAGCAGCGGCAACAACAGCGGCCGCGGUCGCCCGGGAGCCCCCCGGUUGGAGCCGGUGUCGGUGCCGGCGCUGGGUUCAGGCCCAGGCCGCAGCGCUCGCUGUCGGCGGAGAGCCGCUCCCCGGGCCGCUCCGGCUUCUCCCAUCUCCGGGACGCCGACCUGGUGAAGAAGAAGCGGGCGCGGCGGCGCAGUAGCUCCAUGGACGAGGCGGCGGUGGACGGGGGGCCCGGACCCGGCCCUGGACCGGCACAGGGGGCAGGAACCGGCACUGAGCAGCUGGAUGUGGGCGAGGUGCAGAUCGAGAUUUGCCACGAACCCGUCGCCAGACUCCCGAUGCCCGGGCAGGGCAGGUGCCAACCGAGCGCAGACCAACGCCAUGAGGUGAAGCGGCAGAGAUCAUUGCCGGAGCCGCAGAUCUGCGAGAAGGAGAAUGUGCCUGAGACCAAGGGGGGUGACGAGACUCCGCGGUUCCGUGACAUCAGUCAGUACGUGCUGGGGGAGCUCAGCGCGCUGGAGAGCGAGCAGCGGCAGAUCGACGCCCGCGCCGCCGUGGUGGAGAAGGAACUGCGGCACCUGAUGGCAGCCGGAACGAGCCGGAUGGAGGAGGAGCUGCUGAUCCAGGAGUGGUUCGUGCUGGUGAACAAGAAGAACGCACUGAUCCGCCGCCAGGACCAGCUGCAGCUGCUAGAGGAGGAACAAGACCUGGAACGGAGGUUUGAGCUGCUGAACCGGGAACUCCGUGCAAUGAUGGCCAUCGAAGAGUGGAAGAAGACGGAGGCCCAGCAGCGGAGGGAGCGCCUGCUGCUGGAGGAACUGGUGACCCUGGUCAACCAGCGCGACACCCUGGUGCGGGACCUGGACGCCAAGGAGAGAUUUGCGGAGGAGGAGGAUGCGCGUUUGGAGCGUGGUCUGGAGCACCAGCGCCGCAGGAGCAGCCGCCGGGAGAGGUGUGUGGUGAGCUGACAGGUGGCGGCGGAGCCAGGGCCGGGACGAUACAGGACGGAAUUUGACCCUCGCCCGCCGGGAGCAGAGACUCCUGGCAUCGCUUCACCGGGCCUCUGCCAUGUGUCCCGUUCUUCCCCCCACCCUCCCCGCGCUUACACCCAAGGUCAGGACUGACGCUGCAUGAGAAUAUUUGAGUCGCCGGGCCCGCCAAUCCGCGCUGACCCUUCACGCUAAAGAGCGUUUUAUUAUAAGUUUUUGUUUUAGAGAUACAGCGCGGAAACAGGCCCUUCGGCCCACCGAGUCUGUGCCGACCAGCGAUCCCCGCACACUGACGCUAUCCUACUCACUCACACUCUCACUCACUCUCACACGCACACGCACACUCUCUCACACACACACACGCACGCACUCACACACACUUGGGACAAUUCGCACUUACUCCAAGCCAGUUAACCUACAAAUCCGGUUCACCAUUGGGGUACAGUCAGUGAUUCUCUGUGUGUCUUCCUGAGCCAACCCAAGGUUUUAGAUGGCAAAGUGGCACAGCUGCAGCCACACAGCGCCAAAGACCUGGGUUCGAUCCUGACCUCGGGUGCUGCCUGUAUCUAGUGUGUGUGUGUGUGUGUUUGUGCGAGUGCAUGCGUAGUUUGCACGUUCUCCCCGUGACACCUCCCUGGGAUGCUUCCAGUUUCCUUCCGCGUCCCCAGGACAUGCAGGCUUAGAAACCUGGAAGAUAUACACAGGAGUCGGCCAUUCGGCCCUUCGAACCAGCACUGCCAUUCAAUAUGAUCAUGGCUGAUCAUCCACACUCGGUACCCCGUUCCUGCUUUCUCCCCCACAUCCCUUGAUUCUGUCAGCCCUAAGAGCUAAAUCUAACUCUCUCUUGAAAACAUCCAGUGAAUUGGCCUCCACUACCUUCUGUGGCAGAGAAUUCCACAGAUUCACAACUCUCUGGGGGUAAAGGUUUUUCCUCAUCUCAGUUCUAAAUGUCCGACUCCCCACUUAAACUGUGUGACCCCCUGGUUCUGGACUCCCCACAAUAUGAUGAACAUUUUUCCAGCAUCCAGCCUGUCCAGUCCUUUAAGAAUGUUAUAUGUUUCUAUAAAAGGGUUUGCAGGUUAAUCUGUAAGAUUGCCCCCCCCCCCCCGGGCCC